AUGGACGACAAUCCCGAGUUGUUUGAGCAAUCAAAUGAAGAUCCAAGCCCUGCUGAAGUCACCGCCGCUAGACCGAUCCUUGCACUUAAUCAAGUCGCUUCCCCGAUCAACAAUCAUCUUUCUACAGAGAUCUUGGAAAAUCCUUCUUCUGCCUCUGCCCCAGCCGUCACAGUUUGUCAACCAUUGAUCUGUUACUAUUGUCAUUGUAAGGGCCAAAGGAUGGCCCACUGUCAUGCACUCCAGAAGGACAAAGAGAAACGCCUUGUUGAUCAGAAGGGGCACAAUUAUUUCCUUCCCAGCGGUGCCUGGAUCCCUUUUGACCCUGUCCGACCUAUCCACAGUGUUGUGACGGCAUUUCAAGCUUCAAGUCGUUCCGCUCCUCCAUUUCCUGCGCCGUAUUGGAUGAGUUGUGGCGCUCUUCAGCCAUGGUAUCCAACAAAUAAGCCAAUUCCCUGUGCAGCUCCGCUAGUUUCUGAAUCUUAUCAUUGUCACUUGAUUUGCAAAUCACUCAACAUUGAGUCUUCUCAACCCAAAGUCUUGUCCUCUGAUCCACCCUCUCCAAAGUGUUUGGCCAAGUUUAUCAAGGAGGCAAACUCUGUCCUGAAUAAGAUUAUCAAUCUGAUGGUUCCAGGUUUCUCCACUUCCUCCUUGGACAACGUUCAUCUUCCCAAGAGUCAAAUUCCUGAAAGGACAAAGGCAAGAAAAGUGAUUCCCCGGAGGCAUAAUGGAGUUAAAUCCAUCUCAUCAGGUUAUGAGCACCAGUUGUGCCUAACGCUCUUGAAGUCUAUCUCCUUCCUCUCGCUCGCACUCAAAUCAAACUAUCAUUGGACAGACAACCUCUUAGGAUCAUCGGUCAUGCCCGGCAACAACUCCACCACCACCGGCGGUGAUUCCUCGGCUGAUCUCAACAAUGCCUCCAACCUCAAUGUCUCGGGUAUCGUUCAGUUGAAGCCACAAGGCUCCGACUCAAACUAUCUUGAUUGGAGUUUUGUGGUUCUUUUCCACCUCCAAUCGCUCAAUCUCUCCUAUGUUCUUGAACCUGUCAAUAUCAAGGAGCGCAGCGCUGCCUACAUCAAAGACAGUGUCUCAGUCUCCUCGUUCAUCGCUCAAACGGUACACCCCUCAAAUCUUUGCUUCAUCCGGUCUCACGGCUCUGACGCUGCUGGUAUGUGGUCUUCCCUCUCGGAGGCUCACCAGGACUUUUUGUCCGGAGGACGAAUGCACUGGCUUUGCCAGUUGGUUGUUUCUCGUCUGGUCAGCAAUGACAUCGACACUCAUAUUGAGUCGAUGGCUGUCUGCGCGGAACGACUCAACUCUCUGGUUACCGCGGACAAGCCUCUCACCCUGGACGACAUCUACUUGACCGCUCUCCUCACUUCUCUUACAGACGACUGGUUGCCGUGUGUCUCUUUGUUAAUGAAUGAAGACUCCAUUCCCUCUUCCAGGAUUGUGUCAGCUCUCAAAGCUGAGUCCCUUCGUCGCAAGGCUUGGCGCAAGGACGAUGUCUUGAACGCCGCCCGUGUUCUCUCUGAACACAAGUCAUCUCGCUCGGUCACAAACGACCACGAUUCUUGUCGCUCUAACGCGUCCAUGGACACCAAUUGUCCCUCAACAAACUCUUGUUCAUCUCAUCCGUCAUCCCCGACCAAGCCGUCCGUGAAGGCCGGUCAAGCCACCGUCGUGGAGUUAGGCUAUGAAUCCUACAAUGAAGAGUCCGAUUUCUCCAUUCCUGAGCACGCUGGAAACACCGUGGUGCACGAUUCACCCCCCGCCUCCCCUGAGUCAGCCUUCCUGGCUGACGCAAGUAUAGACUCAGGCUGUUCUAUCUCUAUGACUCCUGAUGUCUCCGCGGUUAUUUGUGCCCGUCCCGACUCCACCAUUGUCCGCUUAGCUGAUAGCUCAAAAGUGUCUGCGACCCUCAAAGGUAGUACCUCCCUCCCUCUCUCCACUGACAAGGAAGUGCCUGCUGUUAUGAGCUGUGGAGGACUGGAACUGGGGACGUUACAUAUGUAG